UUAUUAGUGACAAGAAUGCUGUUAUCAUUUACUUUCUCUGUACGCCUCUUGUCAUUAUCACGUGAUAGUUCAAAAUGUCUGCCUCCUGAUCGUUUGAAAAUGUAUACAAUAUAGUUCUAGAGGGCGAGAUCCUUAACAGCAUGACUUAAUCAUCACAAUUCGGAAUACAGAAAAAUAACAUUGUUUUAAUCAAAAUGACUUCAGUUCAAAACAGACACUAUUCAGUGAAUGCAAGUAUCAUAGAUGAAGGGGAGUUGAAUUCGUUGCUGGAUAGAGUACAAGACUCAGGAAAUAGAACAGGCAGAGGAUCAUCAUGGUAUGCCUCAGUAUUUUUGGUAGUGAAUGCAGCAUUAGGAGCUGGACUUUUAAAUUUCCCUGACUCCUACAGACAAGCUGGAGGAGUCAUGAUAGCAGUAGUUAUACAGGCAAUAUUUUUGGUGUUCGUUGUAUUUGCUAUACUGAUCCUGGCAUAUUGUUCUGACAUUAAGAGUACAGAUACCUACCAGGAUGUGGUCCUGUCUGUGUGUGGUAGGAAUGCCCAGAGACUGUGUGCCUUCGUGGUAAUGACUUACUGUUUUGGAACUUGUAUUACAUUCCUAAUUAUAAUAGGAGACCAGUGGGAAGAAUUCUUACUGUUUAUUGCCAGAGAUUUUUACUGUAAAGAGCAUCCCUGGUAUUUGGACAGAAUCAGUACAAUAUGUGUUACAUCGUUCUUAUUUAUUCUACCUAUAUGCUUCCCUAAAAGGAUAGAUUUUCUUAAAUAUCCAAGUAUGUUUGGAGUGGUUGCUAUAUUGUAUGUGGAGAUUUUAGUUUUUUACAAAUAUUUUUAUCACCAGAUACCACCAGGCCCUAUAAAAACAAAGCCUGACCACUUUAUUGAUGUGUUUCUAGUUGUGCCAACUAUAUGUUUUGCUUACCAAUGCCAUGUUAGUAUUAUACCUAUAUAUUCCUGUAUGGAGAAUAGAAAUCUGAAGGAGUUUUCCAAAACAAUAUCCUGUGCCAUGUUGUUAUGUAUAAUAACUUAUACAGGUACGGCUGUAUGUGGAUACUUGACGUUUGGUGAGAACAUAACAGCAGACAUCUUACUGUCAUAUGAUCCAGAUAUAUGUGUGAUAAUUGCUGUGAUACUUAUUGCAUUCAAGACAUAUACCACCUACCCAAUUCUACUUUUCUGUGGAAGGGCUGCCUUAGUCAGUUUAUGGGUAGAUAUCAGGAAAAUGAGCCUGCAUGAGAUAGAAGACUCUGAGAAGAAUAGACGAAUUAUAGUUACCAUAGUUUGGUUCAUACUGACUUUACUACUAGCAGUGUUUAUACCUAAUAUAGGUGUAGUUAUACAGAUACUAGGGGCAUUUGCUGCUGUUUUUAUAUUUAUCUUCCCAGGAAUGUGUAUGAUGUCAGCAGUACAGAAUUUAGUGGACGAUGGAAUCUGGACGAGAAGAUUGAGAGGAUUAGCCAUAUUUGCCUGUGCAUUCAUUUUAAUAGGAGCUUUUAUAUUUGGUUUGACAUUGACCCAGUCUGUUAUAGCAGAUAAGAAUGGCGUCAAGGCAGAUAAAUCAAAGUAUACAUGUUAAUGAUUGUGUCACUAGUCUGUUAUAGCAGAUAAGAAUGGCGUGAAUGCAGAUAAAUCUAAGUAUACAUGUUAAUGUUUGUGUCACUAGUCUGUUAUAGCAGAUAAGAAUGGCGUCAAGGCAGAUAAAUCGAAGUAUACAUGUUAAUGUUUGUGUCACUAGUCUGCAACAAAAGGAAUACUCAUGUCUCGUUAUUGUGUAUAGUUGAAAUGUUCAUGACCACGAUUAUUUUACUGCCAUGAUUUUAUCUAUCACUAUAUAUUUCAUAAAACUGCCAGUAUGAAUGAUUUGCACAAAGUCUGGCUGACUAAUAUUUGUAUUAGAUAUUAGAAAUUUAAUUGUUCAUCAGAUUCUAUCAUAUUAAGAUAGAGACUUUCAAUCAACCGAACUCAAAUCACAAUUUACCUGCUAUGAAAAUUAUUAACAUUUGGUAAUUAGUGUUUUGCCAAUUAAAUUAGACAAGUAUUUCUUGGUAAGAUAAAUGAACCUCUUAUACAUCCAUUUUAACUGCGCUAUAUUUUGAAAUUCAGUGCUUUAUUUAUUUAAAAAAUAUUCGGGUAUUAAAAUAUUUGUGUAAAUUAAUUAGAAUUAUCAAUAAAGAAGUAUGUUCUCCAGGUUGAUCACCAAUUUCUCGUUUUUGUUGUUCCUUUUUUGCAAACUUGUCAUGCGCAAAAUCUGUAUGUUAUAAUAUGUAAAAAUAUCCUUCUUUGUACCAUUAAAUUGGUUUUAUAAGAAAAUAAAGAAUCUGGUAAAAUCUGGAUGCUAAGUUUACUUUUAGAAUUGUUAUAGUAUGAGCUUUGAGAAUCUGCAAGUGAAAUUUCUAUUUGUUUAAUAAAAAUAUAUUUAUGGUUGAAAUACUUAUAUGGUUUAGCCCAUUGAUGAUUAAACCAGUAUAUACAUAUAUGGUCCAAGUAUUGCAUGGUCUGAGACAUAUACACAAGUUUUUGAUAAGGCAGGAAUUUUAGUGUAAGCUGUUAUUUUUGAAGUCAUGAUUUAGUUCUUUGUAAUAAUGGGCAUUUCAACUGUUUUCACCUGCCAAUCAAUUUAUUGUAUUUCUAAGUGAUAUUGUUUAUUAUUGUAUUGUUGUAAUAUGUACUACUACCUGGACAUGUUGGAAAUGUUACAAAUUAUAAGGAAGCUUAAAAAGUGUUGAUACCCAACUGUCUGAAACUGUCAUUUAAUGUAUAUUAUUUUGCAUUGCAUAUUAAAUAUUAGAUAAUUCAGUUUUCCUGUCAGAUCACACACUUUAUCUUUUUAUUGUUACAGAACUUGAUAUCAUAGGAUUUGCCAUUCACUUCUUAAUAGGAGGCAUUGUAUCAUCUAAAUUUGUAUUGUGUAGAGAUAGUCCAUGAGAUUAUUUAUAAAUUUCCAAAUUUUCAUUGUGAUUUGUAAUCAAGUUUGGCUGAUAAAAUAGUGUAACUCUCUUAAAAGUCCAAAAAUCAUAAUGAUUCUUAGUAUGAUAAAUAUGUUGAUGCAUUCUCCACAAUCAAAGAAAGCGUUAAAGUACUUUACACAUUAUUACACAAACCCUAGUGAUUGUUUUGUGAAAAAAAGUUUUCAAAUAUUAAUUUCACAAUUUGACAAUCUACAGUACUAUAAAUUGUGACUUAUAAUAAGUGAGCCACAACAUAUGCUAAUUAUUAACUGUUAUUCUCCUCUUAUAUUUAAUGUGUUUCCCUCAGUUUUAGUUUGUUACCCCGAUUUUUUUUUGGUCCAUGGAUUUAUGAGUUUUGAACAGGGGUAUACUACUGUUGCCUUUAUAUAACAUUAAAAGAAUUUCAAAAACUUCAAUUAUUUUGGCUUUAAUGAUAUUAAAAGAAUCGAUAAGGCCCCAGUUGACAACUUUAUAGACAGAUGGUACAAUUAUUUAACAUGUUUAAUGAGAUCUACCAUUUGUAGCAGAUGAAGGAGUAGAAUAUAUCUAUUUGACACACGUAGUUACCAUGUUAAGUGCAAUUUUAUUUUAUAUUUUUCUUUCAUUAUACUUUGUGUUCUUUUUAUUUAUGGAACAAAAAUGUCAGUUGAUUGACACUGGAAUCUUUACUUGUUUGCAUGUAGCAAACACUUUACAAUGAUAUGCAAUAUCUGUUCAAUAAUUGUGAUAUUUGAAACUGUAUGAUUUUAGUUUUAGUUUAUGCACAUAUAAUUUAUAUAAAAACAAUUAAAUUUU